AUGUAUCCAAGCUGGCGAUCUUACCACAAACGAAGCGUUACCAUAUCCAUGAAGCCUCGAUGUGGUAUCCUUAUACACCACAAUACCUAUACAAGAAGCCAUCACCAACGCUACAGAUAGAAUCCAGAACCAAAUAGUACUCCACCUCUCCAGACAAAACGUCUCACACCUCCUCCACGUCACGCAAAACAAAAACAUGUACUUCUCCUUCAGAAAUCAAGUUUUUCAUCAUAGAGAGGACCUACCCAUGGGUUCUAGCAUUUCAGGCAUACUGGCCAUCCUGUUCAUGGACAAACUAGAUACCAUCAACCUCUCCUCGCACCUAAUGAUAAGCCCUUACAAGAGAUAUGUUGACGACAUUUAUCUCGAAACAACUAAUGAAGAAACAGCAGACAUAUAAUAAACAAUGUGCACCCUAAUUUGAAAUUUGAAAUUGAAAAACCAGAAACAACACCGAGUGGCCUGUCAUUGUCAUUACUCGAUUUCAAAGUCACCAUAUCCAAGGAUGGCAACAGCUCUUUUGAAUUCUACGAAAAGCCAGCCAAGAAACCACUAUUUGUCAACCAUCAAUCAACUAUUCCCACCAAAUCCAAACUCAACUUCAUUCGCAAUGAACGAAAACGCAUCGAGGACUGA